UGGAACAAUAUACGCUGCUGCUGGAGCCAAUUGCAAAUAUUCUGGAUGACCUACAGGAGGAGGUUAAUGUUAAAUAUGGUUGUUUAUUACCCAGUCUUUUGACUCUGAGUAAUAAGUUGAUGAAAUUAAGUAUAUCUGAAGAUAUACCAAAUCUCAACUCUGUUGCGAUGAUGUUGGAUCAAAAGCUGAGGAAAAGAUUUGAACCAUAUUUUACUUUGGCCCCGUCAGCAGAUAUUGCAAUAGCUGCAGCUGUAUUGACUCCAGAUGUGAAGACCGACUGGGUCGAGGCGUUGCAGGACACACUUCCGGAUUUGACGGAAGAAAGAAUCAACAACAGGGUGAUUAAAAGCAUUAGGGAGGCCCUAACAAAAAACAACCAUGCUUUAGAAGCGAUUUCUAAAAGGUUGGGUUGUCCUCCAAGGCAAAGAUCGAAGUAUGACUUCAAACGUGCCGGUAAUGGUCAAGACACAAAUGCCACCGCGUCAGCUCCACAAAGUGUUGAUGUGAGAGCUGCGAUAGCAAACCAAUACUACAGUUAUUUAAAUGACCAAUCGAUGACUGAUAGUACCUGGGACCGAUAUCCAUUGCUGAAGGAGGCAUUUGUGAAAUUCAAUACCCCACUGCCAUCAUCGGCACCUGUUGAACGUCUUUUUUCAUUUGCGGGGAUAAUAAAUAGCCCAAGGAGAGGUUCAUUGACAGACUUUUCUUUUGAAAAGUUUGUUCUAAUGAAAGCAAAUUCCAAGUGGUUAUGAGUGUUUUUU